UGGGGUGUUGGUGUCAGUUUAUCUGAAAUGUGUCUGCUCUUAAAGCACAAGAUCCCAACAGGGGGCCAUUGAAUCUUCAGCAUGAUUAGACGCUCCUAUGAAGACUUUCUUGUACCUGGACUGUGGAAUUUAGUUCAUGCCAAUCAUCACAUGGAUGGGAUUUUAGGCACCCCUAGAGACCUGACUCGGUAUGAUCCUGCCAUUGACGAUGUGGCUGAACUACGCCUUAGUGGAGACUUCCGUUUAAAGGGCUGGCCGGAAAGAGAUUUUCUAGAAUUUAGAAACCCAGUAAGACGGACAAAAGAGGAACUGAGCCAGGAGAAGACUAGGCUUGCUGGAUACUGCGUGUAUCAGUUUCAAGAGCUACCCAAACCUAAGCCGCCAGCACCUCCUACAGAGGAAGACAAAACACAAAGUCCAGAGGAAAAUGCUGACAUAAAGCCAUCAGAUUCUAAGACAUCUAGCCAAUCGAGUGGAUCAGACACUCCAAACAAUACCCGUCCUGCCUCCAGCCAACAGAGAGUGUUGGGUGGCCAAGACGUGCCCAUCCUUGCCUCCAGCCAACCGAGAGUGUCAGGUGCUCCAGAAAACCUACAUCUUACCUCCAGUUAUCCAAAGGUGUCCGUAGCUCAAACAGGCCAUCCUACCGCCAGCUUGACUUCUUUGUCAGGGCGUUUUAUCAGAGAUCCCUACAAGGAGAAAACGCCGUCAGAACUUGCCAAGCUUCAUCAGCAGAUGUUUGAGGCUGAUCAGGAUAUUCUACGCUACAAACAAGAGCGCAUUCAGAAAUUGAAGGAGGAGACAGAGGCCAAGAAAAGGGAUUUAGAGAUGUUGCAGAGUUACGACCCCUUUGGGAAGCCUGGAGGAGGUGCUCCUCAAAAUGCUGUUAAGAAGACAAAGUUUCUAGAGGAAGAUUUAACACCACGAGAACAGCCGCGAUAUAGGAGGCCUGUUGAACCUGAAGCAAUUGGUGACUUUUUCGCUGAUAACUUCGGUCGACCAGGUGGUGGAGCUCCAUUAAAAACUGACAGCGGCAACAUUAAAACAUCCAUCCGCGGGGAUCCAACAAUCAGGUUCCAGAAAACAGAGAAUGUACGACAGGCUAUAGAAAACCACAUACGGUACCACAAGCCUGUGAACGAAACUCAGCAGUAUAACCAUGCAUUGGAUAAGCAGAUAGAGCAGAAGAAGUUGGAUCAACAGCUUCAAAAACUAGAAGACCUUAAGAAGGAAAUUGACAUGCUGAAGCACAAUCCAUAUGGCAAGCCUGGGGCAGGUGCCCCAAACAGAACCAUCUCGGGGACUACUUUAGUAGGCAGAAGAAAUAUCCCAAUAGAUGGGCCCAGAGAUUUGGAUGCAGCAAGCCCUGGAGUUCACCAGAAGAGGCUUGAGGGCAGUGAAGACUAUGAUCCCUGGGGUAAGGGAGCUGUACAGCCUACCCGGCUAGAGGACGGCUCCAUUGUCAGACACAAGAAUUACCUCUCCAAUAAAUAUGCUACCCAAAUCCGAGAGGAUGACGUUCAGGGUACAUCACUUGAUUUUAGGCCAAGAGGUGGAGGAGGGGCUCCACACCUCAAUGAAAAUGGACAGGUUGUAACUCGUCUACCAGUUACAAUGAAUGCUAAUGACUAUGGGCAGAAUGUGAUAAAAGAGGAGGUGGCUGGGGUAUCUGGUAAGCAGACCAAAGAGGCAGGUAACACCCAGGCGUACUUUCCAUUUGGUCGGCCAGGUGCGGGCGCACCCAGGAGAGAUGAGGAGGGGAGAAUACUGACGACUUUGGCCAGGAAACUCACCAGAGAGUCAAGUUCAGCCAAUGACAUCAGGAAGGCUCGAGCAGCUCAGCUCUACCACAGAGAUCUGGCCAAAGGAGUAGAGGAACAGAAGCGAAAUAAACAAGAGAUGGAAAACUACCUGAAAGCACCUGUGGGAGAGUUGGCGUCGGUAUUACGAGAGGGCCAGGUGGGCAAGCCACGACGUGACCCUGUGACAGGGAUGUUACUGCCUCAUCACCUCCAUACAUCUGAUGUCACACAGCUGAAAAUCAACGACAUUAAUUACCGUGCUGCCACUGACAGUAAGAAUUACCACCAUGAUCUGACCAAGGCUGCGGAGGAAAGAUACCGGUCUCGAGAACUGGAAAAGUUGAAGGAGAGACAAGAGGCCAAGCAUCACGAGCAGGUGUUUUCUCACUUCUGGGGCAGGCCUGGGGCGGGAGCGCCAACAGGAAACCUCCGCAAACUCAACCUUGAUGACACGCUCUUCUCCAAGAAACAGAACAUGCAUACAGGUGACUGGGAUUAUGUAAAGAACAGCCAGCCUGGUCACCUGACCAGUCGAUCACUUGGUCAUUUAGAUAAUGUUGAGUUUGAGCGGUACAUGAACAACCAUUCACGGGGCCCCAUUGGGGACAGCGAUGGUCAUCAGAAGUACAUCAGGAGCACGAUCCACAGCACCCAUGCCAACCAGUAUGACCUUGAUGCCAACCAAAAACGAGGACAACGGAUUGAUUAUAAGGUGGAUGCUCCAUGGGCUGCAAUGUGAGGAGACGGGUACCUUCAUCCAUGAGUUAUGACCUCUGACCCCAGAUUUGCACAACCUGUCUUUUCCUGUGAUACAAUCUUGUUUUUUUUUCAUUUAUGUAUUGUUUGAUUUCUUUUUGAUGAUGUAUUUAUUAUCUUCAUAAAACCUUUAAAGUAUAACAUGUUCAAGGC